CCGAGUUUUCCCCUAAGUUUGAAACAGACUGUACUAAUGAAUUCCAGCGUGAACUCCAGGUGAACGUUUUUUGACAUGUGCUUUGGAGCUCCAUUUCUGCGGCGCCUGUACGUCUUACACCUAUCAAGAGAUGUCUUGCUGUGAAGCCGCUGCCAAGUGAAAGGGGGCUGCGGCUUUGGAACACUGCACGCGUGCCGACUAGGACCCAACAUUCCGCCUCACAAAUGCGGUGAGCCCAACUGAUAGCAUCACUGCCAAAAUGGAAUGCCCUGGCCCUUCCAAGAUAGCCUGCCUGGUCGAGGUUGGCAUGCAGUGCAGCUUGCCUCUGGUUGACAAGUCUGUCGAGUGCUUGUUCAAAGCAAUGACUGAGUCUAGGAGUGUGCAGACUAUGGAGACUCUGGAUCAGUUAAGCUUGACUUCAGCAUCCAGGCCUUGUAUUUCUCCAUCAACUGCCAAAUGUGACAACUCAAAGCAAGGAUGCCUCCACCGAUGUGACUUAUGUGACUAUAAGACUGACAAACUGUCCUGUCUAGAAACACAUGGCAGCAUUCAUACGGGCAAGAAGCCAUUUGAGUGCCCUUCAUGCUCUCGGAGCUUCACGCGAAAGGCAGAGCUGAAAUCCCACCUGCGCACCCACACGGGAGAGAAGACAUUUCAGUGCUCUUUGUGCUUUCAGAGCUUCUCAAAGAAGGCAGAGCUGAAAUUCCACCUGUACACCCACACAGGCGAGAAGCCAUUUAAGUGCACUUCAUGCUCUCAGAGCUUCAUGCGAAAGAUCCACCUGAAAAAGCACCUGCGCACUCACGCAUGCGAGAAGCCAUUUCAUUGCCCUUCAUGCUCUCGGAGCUUCAUACGAAAGACCUACCUGAACAAGCACCUUCGCACUCACACUGGCGAGAAGCCAUUUCAGUGCCCUUCGUGCUCUCGGUGCUUCUCACAAAAGACCUACCUGAAACGGCACCUUCGCACUCACACGGGAGAGAAGCCAUUUCAGUGCUCUUCGUGCUUUCAGAGCUUCUCAAAGAAGGCAAAGCUGAAAUCCCACCUGUACGCCCACGCAGGCGAGAAGCCAUUUGAGUGCUCUUCGUGCUCUCGAAGCUUCACGCGAAAGGCAAAGCUGAAAUCCCACCUUCGCACUCACACGGGAGAGAAGCCAUUUCAGUGCUCUUUGUGCUUUCAGAGCUUCUCCUCAAAGAAGGUAGAGCUGAAAUUCCACCUGUACGCCCACACAGGCGAGAAGUCAUUUAAGUGCCCUUCAUGCUCUGAGAGCUUCAUGCGAAAGAUCCACCUGAAAAAGCACCUGCGCACUCAUGCAUGCGAGGAGCCAUUUCAUUGCCCUUCGUGCUCUCGGAGGUUCAUACGAAAGAUCGACCUGGAAAUGCACCUAUGCACUCACACAGGUGAGAAGCCAUUUCAGUGCCCUUCGUGCUCUCGGUGCUUCCCACAAAAGACAUACCGGAACGAACACCUUCGCACUCACACAGGCGAGAAGCCAUUUGAGUGCCCUUUAUGCUCUCGGAGCUUCAUGCGAAAGAGAUACCUGAACAGGCACCUUCGCGCUCACACAGGCGAGAAGCCAUUUGAGUGCCCUUUAUGCUCUCGGAGCUUCAUGCGAAAGAGAUACCUGAACAGGCACCUUCGCACUCACACAGGCGAGAUGCCAUUUGAGUGCCCUUCAUGCUCUCGGAGCUUCAGGCAAAAGAUCCACCUGAAAAGCCACCUGCGCACUCACAGGCAAGAAGCCAUUUCAGUGCCCUUGGAGUUUCUCACGAAAGACCCAUGUGAAAAGGCACCUCCGCAUUCACACAGGCAAGAAGCCAUUUCAGAGCCCUUCGUGCCUUCGGAGCUUUCCACUAAAGACCCACCUGAAAUGCCACCUCACACUCACACAGGUGAGAAGCCAUAGCAGUGCCCUUCCUCUGAAAGCUUCUCACGAACGACCUCCCUGAAAGAGUGCCUGCGCACCCACGCAGGUGAGACGCCAUUUCAAUUCCCCUGAUGCCUUCAGAGCUUCUCGCAAAAGGGCAACCUUAUGAAAUGCGCACCUACACAGGUCAGAAGUGAUAUCUGUGCCCUUUAUGCCUUCAGAGCUUCUCAUUGAAGCGUGCCAUCAAGAUACAGCAGCGCGUUCAUACAGGUGACCGAACAUGCAAUUGCAGCUUUUGCUCCAUGUCCUUUAUGCAGUCUCAUCACUUGAGGAGACAUAAGAAAGCACAGCGUCAUGAUACUGUAGGCCAAGGCAAUAACCAUGUUGAUCUAGAUUCCGAAUUAAAAUCCACAGAUGUACAGCAUGUUGCAUAGUGCUCUACUGCAAUGGUAACACAAGUGUCUGCAUUUGCUCCUAAAGGGGCCUGAAACACUUUUUGGGUCACCAUAUUUGCGCUAAAUGUUUUUGCGGCAUGUCAUAGGACAUAGAGCAAAACAAAUUCUAAAAACUGACGCACACAAAGCCGUUAUAGCUGAGAAAAAGAACAUAGUUAAACCUUUAUAUAUUGAUAGUAAAAUCAGCAAUUUGCUUUGUUAUAUUGCGACUUUUCAUUCUUUGAAAAAUAUUGAAUAUUUGUUCCGAUCUCAAAAAUUACUGUUUGCAUGUGCCUAAAAAACAUGUACUGUAUUUAUUCGAAUCUAAGUAGAUAUAUUUUUUCAGAUAAUCAUACAAAACACUAAGGUUUGCUUAUAUUCGAGGAAUGUUAAAAACUCGCCAGUUUUUAAUUAAAAUUGAUAGAUGCAUAGCUAGCAGUAUCUCGAAAAGUCAGCAUUACAGCCACUAGAUUCCGCUCCAGUAGCCAAUUAAAGUACAUAAGCAACGUCACCAUUUUGAGCUGUGUUGUAUUGGCAUGCGGCAUGGCAUUGUUGUAAUGGCACCAAGCAGGCGAUGCCACUAUUGUGUGAUUUCAAACGAAAAGUUGUGCUAGCUGCAUAGGCAUUGCCAAACAUUCAAAUUGGGCAGGACUUCAGCAUCGAUGAGAAAAACGUCCCUUCAUUGGAGGGGGCAAUGGGGGGUUUCUGUGUGCGCUGCAACGAGGAUGGAAUUUCAGGACCACAUCAGCAAUGACGACGUACAAGAGCUCAGCUUGUUCAUUUUCAAUAAAUGUUGUUUUCAUUUUGUGAACGCUGUCA